UACAUGUGUUUUUGACAACAUUACAGAAAAAAUGUAUUUUUUUUCAAUAAACAUUUAUACACGUAUGAAUGUCUAAACAAUUGUGUUUUUUUAAACAUUUAGUCUACUAGAAUGACUUUUAUUGUGAUUUGCAACAUUUUUUAAAAAUAUUAUCUUUAAACGUGAGUGUUCGAUGACGGCUGCUUUUUACAGUUCCAUGUAGUGUCUAUUUUACUAUGACUUUUUAUCUCUCAUAUAGCAAGGUGUAGAGAUCGGAAAACAUGGCAUAGUUUCUAUUUAAACCUUUCAUUUAAAUGCACACUCUCAGUCUGUACCCUAUUGCAAGCAUGUGUCUGAAAAGAUACAAUUUGUUUUUCAACCAUGACAUUUCACAUGACAUGAAAUUUGAUAUUUGCAUAAAGCUAUAAACAGAUGGCUACUAAUUUUUCUUCUUGUUUCGUUUUCCUAUACAUUAUUAUUGCGAUCACCGCCAUUUAUACAGUUAACACAAAAUCUAUUGAAUGCUGUUGAUCAAUGUAGUGAUUGUUCUGUUAUAAAUCAAUUAAAAGUCAUUGAGUGUACGCAAUUUCGGGUAACAUUUAAUUGUAUCAUAAACGUUAUGUAAUUACCGUACAGACGUUGAGACGAACUAACUGUCUGUGCAAUUAUAUUACGUAGGAUUGCUGUCCGUUUAAGGAAAUAUAUGACGACUGAAUAUUAGAGGAGAGGAAGUAACUGUUUAUUUAAUUAUAUUACGCAGGAAUGGCCAUUGUACGACGACUGAAUAUGAUGCUGGAGAAAAUUGUCCGAACUCUACUCAUCUUUUCGUUGUGUUCAUUCGUAAAAGCGGAUGUUGACCACUGUGCCCCAAACCCGUGCCGGAAACAUGCGACAUGUAUAAAUUAUACCAAUACUUAUAAAUGUAUAUGCAAUAAUGGUUAUACUGGGAGGACAUGCAAAACAGACAUUGACGAGUGUGCCUCAAAUCCAUGUAAAAAUGGUGGUAAAUGCGUAGAUGGUAUUAAUAUAUACUGGUGUGCUUGUAAAAUAGGUUUUACGGGAGAAAUGUGUGAAGACCGUGUUGGAUGUGCGUCAGAACCGUGCCUCAACGAUGCAACAUGUGUAGACACUAGCAAUGGAUUUACUUGUGUUUGCGAGGAAGGUUUCACAGGGAUAACGUGCGAAACAGACAUAGAUGAGUGUGCUUCAAACCCAUGUUUUAAACAUUCCUCAUGUAUAGAUGAAGUAAAUGGGUACUCAUGUGAAUGUAAAGACGGGUAUAUUGGCAGAAACUGUCACAUAGAUAUUGACGAAUGCUUCUCGAAUCCCUGUAUGAAUGGUGGAAAAUGUGUUGAUGGUAUCAAUAUUUACUGGUGUGCUUGCACGGAGGGGUAUACCGGGCAGAGAUGUGAAGUCAAGACUAAAUGCUCUUCAAACCCGUGCCUUAACGGGGGCGCAUGUGAAGAUAUUGCUCAUGGAUACAGGUGUCACUGUAGUACUGGUUUCACAGGACGUAGCUGUCAAACAAAUAUUGACGAAUGCUCUUCAAAUCCCUGCUUCAGAAAAUCUAAAUGUAUAGACGGAAUUAAUGGGUAUACAUGUAAGUGUAACGCUGGGUACAAGGGAGACCGAUGUGAAAUAGAAAUUGAUGAGUGUGAAACGAGUCCUUGUUUUUAUGGAAGUGUUUGUGUAGAUGGACUCAACACUUAUUGGUGCGCUUGCAGAGAAGGCUAUGACGGGAGUAGAUGCGAGGAUUGUAAAGUAUGUGGGCCGAAAGACUACCACGAUUUACUUCAUGUGUCUAAAGAUGCCAGCAAAACUGAAAUCAAGAAAGCAUUUCGGCGAUUGAGUACAGUGAUGCAUCCUGAUAAGAGACCGGAUGAUGAAAAGGCUCAUGAAAAGUUUCUUAGGAUAAUAAAAGCAUACAAAAUUCUUGUAAAGGAACAUUGAUACUUUAAUAAUAUCAGCUGCAAAAGGAAUGUACUAUAGGAUUGAACGUUCAGAGAAGAAACGAAGAUGCCGCCUAUUUGCAAGCAUAAAGUGAUCAUAGAUUUGCUACGGGGAUGCCAUCGUGUGUCUUCAAAUGGUUUUGUUUAACAUUCUGACGUUUUCAGUGAUGAGGAAACACAAGUUACUCUUUGUGAUGGUGCUAGGUCCGAAAACAACAACAACAACAAUCAAACUAAUAACUCUGGAGACAGAUUACUGGGACUUUUCAAUAUCUUGCCCUUUAACAUUUUAUAAUGGGAAGGAAUCAAUUAGACGGUUUCUUUCCUAUUUCACCACUCUUUUUAAUUUUAUGAUAAAAAACAAAAUAAGACAGAAUUCCCGCCUCUCUCUCUCUCUCUCUCUCUCUCUUUCUCUCUCUCUUGUAAAAUAUGUCUACACACCUAAAUGAUAAUUAUAAAGGUAUAGGACUAAGUCGGGCAAAUCUCUUAUAAAAGUCAAAGUCGAACAGUGCUUAGUUAUCAAAUUUAGCUAAAAUUUGCUAUCAUCAAAUAUUCAAGGCCUUCGAGCUGUUUAUAGCCUGAUUUGUCACGGCUCAGGGUUCACAUGCGCAGGAAAUGAACCACGCACGAGGGCAUUAGCCCGAGUGGUUUUUAUAUCAAAGCAUUAACUUUUUAUUAAUGAUUAAGUUAUUCAGAUGAUGAACCACAAUAAGCCAUUGAUUGCUUUUAUUCUUACUGUUGGAUAUCAUUUAAUAUCUGAAUGUUAAUUAACCGGACGACACGCGACGUCAUUAUAGACGUCAUAAUGCUCUCCUGCCGGUCUGCACGUCAUUAGAAUACACAUAGCUUGACCUUUGUUUAACCGGCAAUCAUGUAAGCAUGGUAAGAUUGUUGCAAGGUUUAAUAUCACGGCAAAUUUUGAAAUAGAUAUUGGGCAGUUUUAUUUGUAAUACUUCUUUUUCCCCGUUAUUAAUCAUUUGAUAUUGAUACACUAGUAGCUAUGCUAAAAGCGUUUCUUUUUCAGUAGAAAAUAGUUAUAUCGUGAACUAAAUUUAUGUUACCAUUGGAACAAAACAUACAAUCCAGAUUUGAAGAAAGAUACCGAUUAUAAAUCUGGUAUUUUUUUCGAAAGGGCAAUUAACGAUUGGCCUUACGUUUUGAGAAAAAAUCAAAUCAUGUCCAGAAAUGAGACCGUGUUUUGAAGAGUAUUGUCCCUUGAUUUUUAAGCCAAAUUGUUUAAAUUGAUUGUUUCCCUUUAUACCAUCUUAACGCGAGUAUCUCUCUUAUCUUGAUAAUCUUGACAUACACUGGUUUUGUUAAUUAGGGGUAUUGUAACGACAUGGAAUAAAACUUUUGACACAAGCGUAGUUUAUACCUUGUCUGAGGCUCUUUGCAGUAUACAUAACAUUGUAAUUUCUUCAAGUUGGUGAUUUUGAAUGAUAAUCGGGUUUUUGUUUCAAAAUUGAGAGUCGGGAAGGUUAUUCCCAUUACUCAGCGUAACUUUUAGAUAUGUAUUUAAUCUUUUGAUUAUAUCUUUUAAGGGCAAAGAUAUAUGUGAAUUAUAAAUUUAAAGUUAAUGAAUUAAGAAGUAUUUUUUAUAAUUUAAAUAUUUUUAUUCAAACACAUAAUAUAAAAUAACAUCUUUUAACGGAAUUAGAUCGACGCACAUGUUUAUAUCUGAUGUACAUAACAUUGUAAUUUCUUCAAACUGGUGAUUUUGAAUGAUUAUCUGGCAUUUGUUUCAAAAUUGUCGGGAAGUCUGUUAUUACCAUUACUCAGCGUAACUUUUAAAUAUGUAUUUGUUUUUAAAAAAUAUUUUUAGGGCAAAAUAUAUAUGCAUUUCGGGUCUCCUUGAAAAAAGUGUCUUUUCAAUUUAAAAAGUUUUAAAUAUUAUGGAUCCGUGGCAUAUACAUGCAUUUAACUUUGCAAUGAUGUAAAUUUUGAUUUUGAACGGUAAUAUAGAUUAUCAAAAUUUAUAACUUCAUAUCCAUAAUUUACAUUUUAACUUAAAGGUGUUUAGACAAGAACCGUAAUAAUUGUCCCUAGCCGCGGGCAUGUCAGACAAACAGACACUAAUCCAAUAAGUUACGAUAAUAUACAGAAAUGUGUCAGCUUGUCAAACGCAUUAUUUGACUUUAGUCUUGUAUGAGCAAGGUGGGAAUGUGAAUGUGAUGCUUGACUUGGGUUUAUCAUAUACAGAUAUGCAAUAAUUACAAUAACUGCAACGGAAUAAUAUGUUUUCAUAUUUGCCCAUUACCUUGUUAAGUGAAAAAAGAGGGAACUCGAAAAAACAGUAAACUGCAAAUGUAUGUUUUAAUGCGAAUAAUACUUUCAAUGUCGAUGUGUUACAUUUACACGUAAAAUAUUCAAGUUAAACUAUGAGCAUGUAGUAUGUUAAUCAACUUUAUGUUUUGUUAUGUUUUCAUGUAAUAAAAAAUUCUAGUAGUGAAAAUUAGUAUUAAAUGAAUUAAAAAUGAAACAUUUUUGUUUAAAUAUGUAGUUUAAAAUAACAUUUUUUUAUUAAUCUCACAAAGUAAUGACAUUAAACACGGAAUUAGAUAUCUAAUUCAGAGACUUGUCCCAGUUCAUCUGGUGUCAUCAGUGCACCUUAGUGCACGUGUACUAAAACGGACUUCCAGAUUAGUAAAGUCAGUGAUAUUCAAACGUUUAGGGAAGCAAGAAAACAUAAAAAUAACUUAAAAUAAACUCAGAAAUAUUAACUUUUCUAGUUUACUUCAAUAACUUAAUAAAUGUUGUGAAAUGAGUAUUAAUAUGAGAAUAUGUCAUUUGAAAAGACCAUGUGAAGCUUAAAAUCAGUCAUUUCCUACAGAAAUCAAUGUUACUCGGGAUCAAAACUAGUUACUUAUUUUAAAGAAGAUCAUAUUUUAUUUUAUUAAAAAUUAUAUUGAAAGAAAUUGUAAAUAUUGCAGAUUACUUCAACAGCUUAAUAAAUAUUGUCAUAUAAUGCUUUUGAUGUCAUUUGAAGAGCUAAAAGUUUUUUCUCUUCAAAAUUUCAAUAGGCGUAAAUUGACCGCUAACGGCUAAUCAAUACAGGCCGUCGGUACACUCGAUAAGCUAUUAUCAAGGGAGACAAUUUCGCAGAAAAGCCAGCAAAUUGCCUUAGAUUUCCAGGUUUGAACACCAAAUCAUAGAAAGAAAGAGUUGUUUCACAUGAAAAGUGAACAGCAUGUAAAAGAUGUAUAUUACUUUACGAAACAAGUGUCAGUAUACUGAUAUAAACAUCGAGUUCCGGAAAAGGGCUGCCUAAAGGGGACCCACUUCCGGGCAGUCAAACGCCUUUAAAAACCCAUUUUCAAAAAACUGUUACAUAUGUUCGUUUUGAUGCAUUUGCAAUAGCGUACGAGUGUUGAAAUUUCACAUAACUUGGUGGAACACAGUUUUCAGCAAUUGUUUAUUUUUAUUUCUUUACAAGUUAAUGGCAUUUAUUUUCAA